CGAAGACGUAAAAAAUGGACGAGGAAGGUAUUACAAUACACAACUACGCAGAGGCCGUUUGAGAGUGAACAUACGAUUGUUUUGCAAUAUGUCCUGUCCGCGAGUGUUGCUUCAUAGAACCAUACGCCACAAGCUGCUGUCACCCCGUUUUAGCGUUCCAGCAAAUGCAUCUCGUCUGAUGUACUCUUGUACACAUUCAGCUAUGCAUAAACGCACGCUCUCUACGCAUCGAAAUUUGCACGAAAAGUCCACCGUCGCUCACGGUGAAUGGAUGAAGCCCGUUCCAGUGAGCUACAAUAAACGCGAUUCAAUUCUGUACAGUUUGGGUAUAGGAUCAGAUGAUCUGGAGUAUGUAUUUGAACACCACCCAGCGUUCUCUAUCUUCCCUACAUAUCCAUUGGUGUUGGGAUUCAAAGGCGACUCUUCUGAUGUUGUGGGAUUUCCAUCAAAGGCAAUGGAGGUUUGGGAUGAUGUGUUCAAAGGGUUCCCACCUUUACCACCAGGUAGUUUGCUUGACGCGGAACGGCGCUACGAGCUGUUGAAACCUCUGCCAGUCGACGGGGGAGAUUUUCUAUUGUACUCCAGACUUAAAUGUCUGCUUGAUAAGCGCAAAUUCGGUUCAAUAGAAAUGGAAUUCAAACUGAUGGAUAAGGAAAGCAAGCAUGAAUACGCCCGAUUUGUUUCCGGCACCGCAGCGGUGGGCCUAAAAGGGUUCGAGCCCUUUGGCGAGACCAGUUUUGAGAGCGUGGUCCGUCCCGACAGACCAGCGGAUUCGAUUGUCAAAGAUCGAGUGGCAGAUAAUCAGGCUCAUAUUUACAGAUUGUCUGGAGACUACAAUACAUUGCACAUUGACCCGGAAGUGGCAAAGAACGUCGGGUUUGAUCAACCCAUUCUGCACGGUUUGUGCACUCUGGGAUUCGCAGUUAGGGCCGUGCUCAAGACAUACUGCGACAAUGAUUCGUCGAAGUUCAAAACCGUUCGAGUGCGAUGGUCUGCGCCCGUGUUUCCUGGCGAUGUAUUAGAAACACGCAUGUGGGUAAUGGACAGCAGCGAGUCAGAUGCGUCGAAUUCUGCAACACGUGUACAGUUCGAGGUAGUUGCCGCAGACCGCGACAACUCGCGCGUGAUAUCGAGCGCAUAUGUUGAUUACCACAGCAGCUAAUUAAGUUGUUUUUAAACAAGUCAAUGAACACCUAGUCUGAUCUCGCUCCGUUGGCGACACCGCUUUACAACAGUUCACAUGUAUAGCACAAGCCAUCUUUGAAUUUAUUAAAGAGUGCGUAUAUAAAACACUAUCGUCCCACGGAAAGCACCCAGUUCCUGACUCCUCGCCAGAAAUGAGCAUAAUAUUUUUUUUGUAGGUUUGGUACGAGAUCUAUAAGCUUAUUGGUGUUCGAGAAAUAAGAGAGUAUAAAAAUUUUGAGAUCUGCAUCAUAAGGCUUUGCGUAAUGUGGCAUAGUACAUGGUGUACGUAACUAUGUAAGAUUACAGGAUAGCCAAGUACAACUUAGUUGUCCAAAUAUCGCGGAAAAAUAAGUGCUUAGCUCGCUGCACCAAAGUUUGAGCGUGUAUGUCAAUUUGGUGCCUUUGCACAUAGUUGUUUUCCUCGUCGCUUGACUAUUAAAAGAGUUGAUGGUCUGUCGCAUGAACUCAUUGCCCAAGCCCCGACGGCCGAGUUUUACUUGUCUCCGCCAGUUGCUCGAGAAAACUGCGAUAUAUUUUGAACAGAAUAAAUAAUAAGGAAUGGCAUAGAAAUUAAUUCGUAUACGAGCCAUCUAAUACAAAAUAACAACUCUAGACACGAAUCAGCCCACUGUAGCGUACACAAACAGCUUGUAACGUAUAAAAACAUGGACGAGUCAGGUUGGUGAAAAGCAGUUGAAUUAAUCGUGUGACUAAAUUGUGAAUCGUCAGAAACACGCAUCUAUGAAUAGAUCUACCGAGACAGAGGUAUAUCAGUCUGUUGAGCGCACGAGAGGUGCGUGACGAAAGCCAGCCGUUUCAGAGCUCUUCCACUGAGAUUCUCGCAAUCCUUCGCGAUACUGUGAGUCAAAAAUACCGUAAAUAAUUCAGCAUAAACAUAUUGUAACACUGUCAUGUUACAAGGAACAAGGAGCGUUAAAA